CUUUAGAGAUUUUCCGUACUUUUUCCUGUUUAGAUCAUGCCGUUCAUGCAAACACUAUUCAUGAAACGUCUGCUAAGGUAAAAUCUUACAGGGCUAGUGGCAUUCGAUGUUGGGUCUGAAAGUUUCCUCCUGAUACCUCUUCCUCCUGCAACAUAUGAAUAUUUCGGAAAGUCAUACGGGGUAGAAUUGGACGGGCGGUUUGCUGUCAUGUAUGUCCACCAGAACAAUCAGGUUAUUGCUUGGAGUUUGGAGAUGGCAGCGCCAUCUUGCUGGAAGAAGCAUGUUUUCCCCUUUCCAUUAGAGGAAGGGGUUCUGGAGUCAGACAGUGAAUUUUUUUCCAGGCCUUUUAUUACUGCUACUCCAGCUGGGGAAAUCCUAUUGUUAACGUUAAAGGGAACACCUUCUCUUUGGGUUUUAUUGGAUAAGUUCGGGGCAGACCCUGUUUGGAAGGAAUUUCGAAUUAGGGUGCUUGCUGCCAUUCCUACCGGUAUUUGGAAAUCGUCAGAAGUUGUUGUUGGCCAAAACAUUGCCCAGAAUCGCUUUUACUUGGAUUAAUCUUGCUGGGAAACGCCACACUGGUCUUCUCUUCCUCUCUACCUUAACAUUUCAUUUCGUCAUAAUCAUGUCUUACCAUUGUGUUAAUCUUUCAUUUACUUCUUUAGUUUCUUCUACUAAGCAAUUUAGUUAGAUGGUCAUAUACUCAUAUGGAAUAUUCAUUAUGCCUAAAAGUAUAAUUCACUGUACCCAAUUUCUUUGGGAUUUUAUUGGGACAGACUACAAAUUGGUUUGUUUCUUUUGUUAGUGUGACUAAUAGCUUGGUGCAUUGUCACUCUGUAUUAGUCUGUG